AAACAAGCAGGAAACAGGAAAUGUGCGCGCUGGAGGGAGGUCGGGGCGCAGCGCCGCAUCCUGACCGCACCGAGGCUCGCUGACAUGACCGCUCCCCGCGCUGCCCUGGUCUUCGCUCUGGGACUCGUCCCCGUCCUCCCGGGUAAUGGUGACGAAUCAGAAGAUACAUCUACAUUCCCAGAAAACGAAGCCACAGCUGAAGAGACCACCUCAAGUGUGUUGAUUACAACAGCCACAGAAAUAGUAUCUGAAAAUACGAAUUCUACCCACAUCGCUGAGGACACAGAUCAGUUAGAGUUUAUAUUAAUGGUGUUGAUCCCAUUGAUUUCCUCGGUCCUCCUACUUUUAUUAGUGGCACUCCUUGUGAGGUACUGUAGAAGAAAGAGAACUAAACAAGAGCCUUCUAGCCAAGGAUCUCAAAGUGCUUUACAGACUUAUGAACUGGGAAGUGAAAACCUGAAAGUUCCUAUUUUCGAGGAAGACACACCAUCUGUCAUGGAAAUAGAGAUGGAAGAACUGGAUAAAUGGAUGAACAACAUGAAUAGAAAUGCCGACUAUGAAUGUUUACCUACUUUAAAAGAAGAAAAGGAAUCAAACCACAACCCAAGUGACAAUGAAUCCUAAACCUGAAAGGUGCUGAUGUUGUCCAAGAGGAGUGGCCACUGAGGGAGCCCGUCUGUCCUGCCCACCGAGGAGAAAGAUGAACUUAAAUAAAUUUCACAUCUAUGUAGAUGCAGAACCUUCUGCUGUUCCUUCUACCACCCACUCCUUUGACGAUGGCAACACCUGGACUUGGAAGAAAGAACGAUUGAGAGGCGCUGGGAAAGGCCUGGCUGCUGUCCAGCCCUGCUCCCAGGCUGGAGGAGUCCUGUGACACCUUGGCUUCUGAUGGGUGGGCACCCCUCCUGGCAGCCGGCUUGCAGCUGCCCUCGCUCUGGCCACCCUCGCUAGGUCCUCCUCACCUGUCAGCUUCAUCCCUCAGGGUUUUCAUCAGGAAGCUGCUUUAUCUCUAGUUUCCUUCUGAGUCACCUUAUUACCUAACCACUUUGGAUAGUGUCCUCUAUUAUUCAAGUCCUCUGAUAGGUCAAUGGCGUUCAACAGGAACUGUCCUCAAGGACACUUAUGUCAUGGAAAAGACAUCAAACAAAGCAAGCAAGCGCUUCAAUGUCUCCACCGUCCCAAGGGUUGGAAAGCACAUUUCUACCUGCCAAGAAGAUGCAGUGAGAGAGUCCAUGGUCCUGAUGAGGUGUCGUCAGGUGACUUGUAGACUUGACUUGGCCACAUCCAAAUGACCCUUGGGAACUUCUCAGAAUCUCCAGAGAAAGAACCAAACCCGCACUUUCCUUCUCAGCUAAAAUCACCUCUACUAAAGCUCUCUCCCUUAUCUGUGAUCUAUGGGCAGGGAAUAUGUGCAGGUGGGGACAUCUGUCACCCUUCUUCUUCUCCAAGAUCGUUGAGGUUAUUUGAAACAAACAGAUUAGGAACAGGAAAUAGUUGUACCUGAGGCUGGUGUUACUCAUCACGCACAGCCUGCUUUCCUGCUGAGCUGGGACCAACCUCCUGUCCCCAACACAGUUCUCCACGAGGUCACUAUCAGUCCAUCAGAGAUGACAUUCUACGCGGUAUUUAUGGACAACCUGUUACUGAAAGCAAUGAUGGAAAAUGGAGAAGGGUUCAUUGGCCAUUCCCUCAUCACAUUAAAAUCAUCUCCAUCUAA